AUGGAAGGAGAAAAUGUGAGUUUCCCACACACAGUUGUCCUCUUGGGCUUCUCUGAUCAUCCCUGGCUACAGAUGCCCCUCUCUGGGCUGGUCUUGGUCUCCUGUAUGCUCACCCUGGUGGGAAAUGGUUCCAUCAUCCUCCUGUCCCUGCUGGACCCCAGACUCCAGACCCCCAUGUACUUCUUCCUGGACAACCUCUCUGUGUUAGACCUUUGUGUCACCUGCAUCACUAUACCCCAGCUACUGAGCAACCUCUGGGGACCAGACAAGACAAUUACAUCCUGGGGAUGUAUCACCCAGGCCUACCUGUUCCACUUGACAGGGUGCACUGAAUGUGCCCUAUUGGCCGUGAUGGCCUUUGAUCGCUAUGUGGCCAUCUGCCGGCCCCUGCAAUACACACUCAUCAUGCACUCCUGGCUGUGUGUGCAGCUGGCGGUCAUGGCCUGGUCCAGUGGGCUGGCCAAUGCUCUGCUCCAAGCCACACUCACCCUCCAGCUGCCAUUCUGUGGUCACCACACACUAGACCACUUCUUCUGUGAGGUACCUGUCCUCAUCAAGAUGGCCUGUGGUGACACCACUGCUAAUGAAUUGUCUCUGACUGUGGGAGCCAUCCCUUUUGUUCUGGCAGCCCCACUGCUGGUGCUCAUCUCCUACACAUUCAUCACCAGAGCUGUGCUCAAGUUACCUUCUGCAGCAGGAAGGUACAAGGCGCUCAGUACUUGCAGCUCCCACCUGGUGGUUGUCAUCAUGUUCUUUGGGCCUUCCAUUUACAUGUACCUCCAGCCCCCUGCCAACAAUACCCAGGCCAAGUUCAUGUCCUUCUUCUACUGUGUCAUCACCCCUGUGCUCAAUCCCCUCAUCUAUACUCUGAGAAACAAGGAUGUGAAGAGAGCCUGGCAGAGGAUCCUGCAACCCCUGCUGGGUGGGGUCAAAUCAUGA